AUGGUAGCUAUCAAAUUUUCAAUCCUGCUAUCGUCCCGAAGGGUCUUUCAAAUUCCCUAUAUUAUGCACGCUACGGCGGGAGUGGCCGUGGCUGUCUCCGCCUGGGCGCUCGCUAGUGUUCUGAUUGUUUGCCUCCGGUGCAUUCCCUUGCAGGUUUACUGGGAUAAAUUUAUCCCCGCCAAAUGUUGGGUCAAUAGCCGGGAUUAUUUUCUGGGCAAGUCUAUCCCAGACACGGUCACAAAUCUGUGUAUACUGGCUAUUCCGCUAAAAACGAUCUGGCAACUUCACACCAACCGAAUGCAGAAGGUCGUGCUUACAUUAACUUGCUUCAUGGGUGGACUUGUUACCGUCGUCUCCAUAAUCCGGCCUGUGUGCCUGCUGAGGGUCGAUCUGAGCUCGGAGGACAUUACCUGGAACUUCGUACCGUACCUGAUCUGGACGUGUGUCAAGUUUAACGUUGGCACAGUUGCUGCUCAGAGGGUGAUGUUCACAACCACCAGCGUGCCUCCCUUGAUUGCGACCCUUGUACACAUAUCUCCGAACCCAGAUUGGGUUGCCGAGCGCUUUGUUCAGUUUCCAGACGGGCAAGAGCAGAUCGUGGCCCAGCAGCCGGUCGAAAUCCGUCGGCAAGGGUCGAUGGCGGCUGUUUACGGAGGAGGAUGA